AGCAUUUGCGAGCCGCGGGUCCCCGACGCGCUCCAGCCACUCGCCCACCACCGCCCCCUCCGCGCGGCCCUGUGCUGCCCCAGUUGACCUCUUCAGAAUGAUUCCCUGCAGAGCAGCGCUGUCUUUUGCCCGAUGUCUGAUCCGGAGAAAAAUUGUGGUUCUGGACAGUCUAGAAGAUUCUAAAUUAAGCCGUUGUUUAUCCACCGUGGACCUCAUUGCUCUGGGGGUUGGAAGCACUCUUGGUGCUGGGGUUUACGUCCUUGCUGGAGAGGUUGCCAAAGCUGAUUCUGGCCCCAGUAUCGUCCUUUCCUUUCUCAUUGCUGCCAUUGCUUCCGUGAUGGCAGGCCUUUGCUAUGCUGAAUUUGGGGCCCGAGUUCCCAAGACUGGGUCUGCGUACUUGUACACUUAUGUUACUGUUGGAGAGCUGUGGGCCUUCAUCACUGGCUGGAAUCUCAUUUUAUCUUAUGUGAUAGGUACCUCAAGUGUUGCAAGAGCGUGGAGUGGCACCUUUGAUGAACUUCUUAACAAACAGAUUGGUCAGUUUUUCAGGACAUACUUCAAUAUAAAUUACACCGGCCUUGCAGAGUAUCCUGACUUUUUUGCUGUGUGCCUUAUAUUACUUCUAGCAGGUCUUUUAUCUUUUGGAGUAAAAGAGUCUGCUUGGGUGAAUAAAGUCUUCACAGCUGUGAAUAUCCUGGUCCUCCUCUUUGUUAUGGUCGCUGGCUUUGUGAAAGGAAAUGUGGCAAACUGGAAGAUUAGUGAAGAGUUUCUCAAAAAUAUAUCAGCAAGUGCCAGAGAGCCGCCGUGUGAAAAUGGAACAAGUAUCUACGGGGCUGGUGGCUUCAUGCCUUACGGCUUUGCAGGAACUUUGGCUGGUGCUGCAACUUGCUUUUAUGCUUUUGUGGGAUUUGACUGCAUUGCAACAACUGGUGAAGAAGUCCGGAAUCCUCAGAAAGCUAUUCCUAUUGGAAUUGUGACCUCUUUGCUUGUUUGCUUUAUGGCCUAUUUUGGGGUCUCUGCAGCUUUGACACUUAUGAUGCCAUACUACCUACUGGAUGAAAAAAGCCCACUUCCAGUAGCAUUUGAAUAUGUUGGUUGGGGACCUGCCAAAUAUGUCGUGGCAGCAGGCUCCCUCUGUGCUUUGUCAGCAAGUCUUCUUGGAUGCAUUUUCCCAAUGCCUCGUGUAAUCUAUGCUAUGGCAGAGGAUGGGUUGCUUUUCAAAUGUCUAGGUCAAAUCAAUUCCAAAACGAAGACACCAAUAAUUGCUACUUUAUCAUCGGGUGCUGUGGCAGCUGUGAUGGCAUUUCUUUUUGACCUGAAGGCACUCGUGGACAUGAUGUCCAUUGGCACUCUUCUGGCCUACUCUCUGGUCGCAGCCUGUGUUCUCAUUCUCAGGUACCAGCCCGGCUUACCUUACGAGCAGCCCAAAUAUUCUCCUGAGAAAGAAGCUCUGAAAUCAUUUGCCAGUACAACCUCGGAAAGUGCAUCCCAGGCCAUCAUGCUGCAAGGACAGGGUUUCAGCCUGCGAUCCCUCUUCAGCCCCUCGGCUCUGCCUACACAACAGUCAUCUUCUCUCGUGAGCUUUCUAGUUGGAUUCCUUGCGUUUCUUGUUCUGGGCCUGAGUAUUUUGACCACGUACGGAGUCCAUACUAUUGCCAGCCUGGAAGCAUGGAGCCUGGCUCUUCUCGUGCUGUUCAUUGUUCUCUUCAUCGUCAUAGUUCUCAUCAUUUGGAGGCAGCCCCAGAAUCAGCAUAAAGUAGCCUUUAUGGUUCCGUUCCUACCAUUUUUGCCAGCAUUCAGCAUCCUGGUGAACAUUUAUUUGAUGGUCCAGUUGAGUGCAGAGACUUGGAUCAGAUUUAGCAUUUGGAUGGCACUUGGUUUCCUGAUUUACUUCACUUAUGGCAUCAGACACAGCCUGGAGGGCAAUUCAAGGGAUGAAGACGAUGAUGAAGAUGCUUAUUCAGAUGGCAUUAAUACAGCAACGGAAGAAAAAUCUGCCAUUCAAGCAAAUGACGAAAGAAACCUCAGUUUACCUUUCAUAUUCCAUGAAAACACAAGCGAAUGCUAACGCUUGUAGGAGCAGAGCUGGUCCACAGUCUUAACGUAUAUCUACAUGGAGUAAACCCUGACAGAUGUCAUCAUCGGGCUAGGUUGUCAUGGGUUUGCUGAAGACAUAGUUCACCCUAAUUUAUACUUAACUCACCUGGACAGCACCUCCUCAGAUGGUGAAUUAUGUACCUGGAGAAACCUGAGCUCUCUCCUCAGUGAUUAAUAUCCCCAAAACAGAGUGUGUGUGUGUGUGUGUGUGUGUGUGUGUGUGUGUGUGUUGAGGAAUACAAGUGUUAAAAGUUGUUGGUGUUUCACUAUUACAUUUUCUCAGUGUUGUCAUUAAUUGGUGGCACAUACUGCACAUACUGAAAUGGAGGUAUUCACUGAAUCCAAACGUGUUUUGUAUGUGCCUAGUAUGGUUAGGUAAAUAACUGUUGCUUUUCCUAGUUAGUCUUCAUUAAUAGCAAUUUAGAACAUGCACAAAUGCUCAAGUACCCAUGUUGGUGCCUGUCCUUGGUCAGGAGAAGGAGGAGGGGAUAAGAAAUGAGCCUUUUGCUGUAACUUAAAAAUGCCAGCAGUGGGAUUCGUAUAGAUUUUUCUACUAUGAGAUAUGCCAGUUAGCUAAAACUUUAGCCAAUAGGAAUGUUUGCCUAUGCCAUCCUACACAGGGCAGGAGUGGUAUUCUGCAUCACCAGAUGGCACCCCUUUGAACAGCUAUCUUCUCUGAGAGCAGUGGUCAGUAACUCUGAGGCCUUUACCACUGUGAAUGAUAUGCCCCCUUCAGCCCAGUCAGGGGCUUGAGAGAGGUAGUGUGAUCUACUUGAGACCCUUUAUGCUACAAAGUGAAGGUGAUCCCCAUAGCCAGAAAACUAGUAUAACUGGCAAUGAUGAGGAUAUGUUUGAAAAUCAGAGUUAGACAUGUGUUUGGAUAAGUAGAUAACAAACAUCCUUGCUUUAAAAGUCACUUACAUAAGCCAUUAGACUCUCCCAGAUCACACAAUUGGUGGAAUGAUUCAUACUUUUUUCAUUGUUUAAUAACUAAUCACAGUUCAGUUUUUUUAACCUGUCAGACACAGAAUUCACUCCUUUGUUUAUAUUUGCAUUUUGUCUUGUCCUAGAGAUUUCCUACAGUAGCAGAUGUUUACUACAUGCAAAAGAGGAAAAAAUAAAGGGCUUCAAGAAGAGAAAAUUUCCCUGUUCUGAUUUUAAAGUGCCUAUUCAUAUAUUAAAGGGAAUAUGGCUCAAUUUGAGGGGUUCAGGACAAAUUUGCCUCCGAUGUUUCUUUUGGAAACAUUUAAGAAUAUUUUUCCUUCCUCAUCCCAUAACAGUUUAGUGCUUUUUAUUUCAUUUAUUUCUAUAAUGGCCACAUUAAAGUUAUUAAUACAAGCUCCAGUAUUCUCAAUAACCCAUCAGUGGUUGGGAAAUAAAAGAGUUUGGUUAAAUACAUGAUUGUUUAAAACUUUAAGAAAAAAAAAUUAACCAAAUUGAGUUAAAGCUAUAUAAACACAGUAACCUUCAUUGAGUAAAUGAUUUGUUUUUAUAUUUAAGAUUCUCUAAUUACUAUAUUUUACUUUAUGGGAUUGUCUAAUAGUGGACUAUUUAUCUGCAGUGUUUUUUACUUCUCAUGAAUUAUUUUUCUUACAAAUUUUAAAUGGUCCGCUAGAUGAGGCUACAGUCUGAAACACACACACACACACACACACACACACACACACACACACACAUUACAUUCCCAGGAUAAACAUUAUCAAGCACAUCAGUUGACCAGCUCAAUCCAAAGGCAAGGAAAACAUUUCUGACAGCUCUUCCAAAUGAUCAGUUAUUUUACUGAUACCAUUAAAAAGCAAGUUGUGAUUGUGUAUCUAACCAGGAAUUUAUUGUGAUUAACUAUCAAAUAAACAGGUAGAUAGCCUAGGUUUUUGGCUGCUAGUGCCCUAGCAUCCCUGCUAUAGAACUCAGUACUGACAUUCCACAAUUUCCAGGGUGUAAAUGGUAAAAUCUGAUGCCAGAAUUCUCUUUCAAGUUGCAUGUUUCGUUGGAGAGGAAGAGUUGGAUAGACAGGGGGUGAAGUAUUUUUAUAAGGACUGUAGGCAUACUCAUAAGUCUUUGUUGUCAGAGCCAUACCCUGAUAACCCCUUUUAUUCCAUAAUCAACCUAGAAUAGGCCCUUCACACAGGGAACAUGAGGAAUUUCAUAUAUGAAUAUUUAAAUCUUUUACUGUAACGCAAUCAAGAAGUGUGUUUAGAAUGUGAUAGGCAGCUAAAACUAUUACGCCCACUGUGUUCAAUUAGAAGAAUUUAGUUCAGAAUUAUUUUUCCACAUUGAAACACUUUGCUUGCACAAAUAUCUAUGAAAACAUGCUUUGUCAGUGACUGCUUUUGUUCUGUGAAGACUCAAAUGUGUGUCCGUAUGUAUGUGUGAGUGUAUAUAAAUUAUAUAUAUAUGUGUAUAUGUAUGUGUGUGUAUUUCAGAUGUCAGUGUAUAAGCCAGUUGGGUUUAUUAUGGGCUUUCAAUACCAUUGUGUGGAUUUAAAAAAAAAAACUGAUGUGGAGAAAGAAUACUGUUUUAUAUUGAUAGGUAUGCUUUUACAAAAUUCUUAGGUUUUAAAGUAUUUUGAAAUACACAGUGAUUUUAUAUGUAUAAUAUUUUCUACGGAUAGAUUCUUUUAAAAAGCUAUAUUUAUAAUGUUUCUAAUAUAAAAUCACUAAACUCUAGUACAUUAUAACAGGUGCUUUAUAAUCUGAAAUGGAGUGGGCGUAGGGGACAUAAGGGUAUUUCUGUUUACUUGUUUCUGUGGCACCUUUUCUGACAUCUCUGUCUUGGUAUGUGUUUAUUAGGAAAAGCCAGUACUACCAGCUCUGUUACCACGUCCCUGUUCCUACAUUUGAAUUCAUAACCUUUUGAAUAAAAUGUUGUUUUUACUUUCUUAGUAUUAUCAAAAUGUUUUGUAUAGCUUUGACUAGUAAUCAAUCAUGUUUAUAUAAAGUUGUCUCUAGAAAUUAAAAAGUACAUACACAUAUA